UAUCACCAUAUGACAGAUUUGAGAAUACUGAAGAAAAUGUGGAGACUUUACAAGAAAUAAGAGGCCCCAGAAGUGAACUCCCACUGUCUGAAGAAGAAGCAGAACAACCAGACAAAGAAGUAACGGAACAACUUGCAAAGCCAACUCAGCAUACUUUGCCGCAAAUUGAAAAUGUUUCGUCUCAAAGAAGUGGAUCCGACAUUCUCUUGACUUGGAAUGAAGUACCUGACAGAAACGUUCUAUACAACAUAGAAAUCUUCUUUGAUGAUGUGAAACUUGGAGAGACUCACACUACAGAGGUUCCUCAGUAUAGAAUGAAGUCACCUACACUUGGUAAAAAAUAUCGUUUCCAAGUCUGGGCCAAAGAUGAAUUGGGAAACUCUGGCAUCAAAACACAGUCAAAGAAUGUUAUCAAAUUGGUAAACGUUGAAGUUGCCGGCGGCUCCAUGAGACUGAAUGAAUGCAAAAUCACAUUUCCUAGGGGAACUUUCAACAAACAAACAAAGGUCUGGAUAUCGGUUGGAAUAGACAAUUCAAUAUGUCCAGAAGCAUACAAUGGUAUCACAUCAGUUUUCGAUAUCAGCGCAGAUUCCAAAUUCCUCAAAGAUGUGAUCGUGCAAAUUCAGUCAUGGUGCAUGGGUCUAGAGAAAGACAAAAUUGACAUAAUACAUUUUUUCAACUAAAACUGACUGGGACAUUAUUAUUCCUGAUCGAAUCACAGAGGAUAACAGCAUAGAAUUUCGAUGCAGAAAGUUUAGUCUGUUCACUGUCGCCAUCGAGUGGUUGAAGUGGCUACUUGGUAGGCAAGAGGUUAUCAUGGACAACUGUCUCUAUAUAUAUAACAGAAACAAAUUUUAUUUCACUUUUUUUGAGAAAAGUGAGACUGCUGAAACCAAUAUCAGAUGUCAUUACAGAGAACUAGGGGCACGUCUUGCUCCAAUUCGGUUCAAUCCAUUCGCUUUGAAAACUAGUGACAGACUUCGCCUCGAGUUACAGAUUGAUCAAGAAGAUUUACAAUUCAAUAUGCCCCACGGACAAUUCAUUUGCGACAGAAUAUUUCUAGCAGCCCACAAACGUGAAUUAACAUUUCGUCUUCUUCCUACUUUACAAGAAUAUCCUGAAAGACUCAUUGUUUGCCGAAUUUUGAUAAAUGACGUUUUGCAUGAAAUGCAAGACUUUGAUUUUCCAUUAGUCCCUUUAGAGGGAGGAGGACCUCCACCUGUCAACUUUGCUGGAGCAAAUAUCGGAAAUGUGAAUCUACCUGGAAAUCAUAACAAUCAGCAAAUGGGGCAAAAUGAACAAAGACAACCUGGUGCAGUUGGUGGAAACCAAGCAAGAGAACCACAAUUGAAUGAACCACUACAACAUGAAAGUGAUAACGAUUCCGAUGAUCUUUGCUGAAAAAAAUGAGAAGUUUCCUAGACUGAACACAUUCGAACGACAUUGCUAAGAUACAAAUGUCGCAUGGGCAUGUCGCAUAACGUUAAACUCCAACAACCUUGGACUGAAUGCCUAAUGAUCCUGCAGUUCAUACCCAUCAUCCUGCAACAUAUUAUGAACAUGCACAUGUAGUGAAGGGAUAAAAUAUUGAAAAAAUUAAUUCACAAAGACUGUUUUCUAAAUAGUCAAAUUUUUCAGUAGUAAUGGAAUUUAAGCAAAAUUUUAUAAAUCUUUUUCAUGUGAAAUGUUUAUUGAAAUUUUGAGAGUAGCAAAUCAGUUCAUCAUUGUAGGUUCAUAGGCUUGUAUUGCGGAGACGUAUAAACUGACUCUUAGUGAUAUGUGCCAUCCUGUCACAGUGACGAUUUCUGCACAUUCUCUUGCUUACAAUGAGUCCUCACUACAUUUGAUCCCAUAAGCUCACAACAAUAAUCUUUGGUGUUUCAGGCAGCCAUUACAACAUUUGGGCACCCGAAGUUUCUGUACCAGGGCAUUUUCCCUUUGCUUUACUUUGCCUCACUUAAUCCCCACAUUGGUACAAAUAAUUCUGGAGCACCCAAUAUUUAAUAAUUUACAGCAUUUUGUGAAAUUCUCCAUUAAAUGCUGAUUUGCAUGUAUUUUCAUUUGUUUCAUACGAUUCCUUGUUAUUUGAUGAAUUUCAAAAUUAGACUGAGUGCUGCAUUAAUGCUUCAGCUUUUAUGUACUAUUUUUUAGUGAGCCACAACAAACUCACUUUGAGCUUUUCCAUACAUCGGUUUUAUAUCGACUAGAUUCAGAAAUUUUAAAUGUUUGUAAUUUUUAUGGUAUGUCAUUUUCAUUAUUUACUUCAGGUUUCAAGACUUUUUAAUUUUUCAUGAUUGACAAAUACUGUACAUAAUCUUGCUGUAUUUGAAUCACCCUCGA